GCGCCCGGCCGCUCCCUAGGACUCGGGUCUGGAGCCUCGUCGGCGGUGGGCGGGGCGGGCCUGCAGCCCCGCCCCCACUCGCGGGCCCUGAAACCCAGCGGCCGACAAGCUUCAGUCCCAGAAGGGAGCUGCUGUCUGAGGAAGAAGCUGCAUCUUCACUCGCCAGCCACGAGAGGACCUGGGGUCGCGCCGGGCGCCCGACGGACCCUGCUCAGGGACCCGCCUGCCCCACACCGACCGGCCCUGCCGGGCCCUCCGCACCAGGUGCCCCAGCCGCAGCCUUACCUGCGGGCUCCAGAAUCCGCAGGGCUUCUAGAGGAUGCUCGGGCCACCGACAGGGACCUCGGGGCAGCAGUGAGGGGGGGCACCCAGCCCCCCAUUCAGCUCCUGUCCUCCUGUGCCAGGGGCUCCCCCGGGGUACGAGCAUGGUGGUUUUCCCUUGGAGCCCCCUGGCUUGGUACGUCUGAGAAGAUGCCUGCCAUGAGGCUGUUCACUUGCUUCCUGCAGCUCCUGGCUGGGCUGGCCCUGCCUGCUGUGCCCCCCCAGCAGUGGGCCUUGUCUGCUGCGAACGGCUCAUCAGAGGUGGAAGUGGUGCCCUUCCAGGAAGUGUGGGGCCGUAGCUACUGCCGGGCCCUGGAGAGGCUGGUGGACAUCGUGUCUGAGUACCCCGGCGAGGUUGAGCACAUGUUCAGCCCGUCCUGCGUCUCCCUGCUGCGCUGCACGGGCUGCUGUGGCGAUGAGAACCUGCACUGCGUUCCAGUGGAGACGGUCAAUGUCACCAUGCAGCUCCUGAAGAUCCGCUCUGGGGACCGGCCCUCCUACGUGGAGCUGACGUUCUCUCAGCAUGUGCGCUGCGAGUGCAGGCCUCUGCGGGAGAAGAUGAAGCCAGAAAGGAGGAGACCCAAGGGCAGGGGGAAGAGGAAGAGAGAGAAGCAGAGACACACAGACUGCCACCUGGCCUGUCUCCUUCCACCAACAGGACUCAGGAAAUCAUUUCAUGCCAUGGGACUGGGGCUGACCAAGUCCUACCCCAUGAGCCCAACCCUGCACGAGCAGAGACCUCCACCCCACUCUGUGAAGAUAGGGAUGCUGGGGAGGAUUCUGGGUGCGGCGAUACUGUUCCCCGGAGGUAACCAGCCCCUCGGAGGAGAGAGACCCCACACCCAGCUCGUGUAUUUAUUACCGUCACACUCUCAGUUACCUCCCUGCUGGCACCUGCCCUCUAUUUAUUAGCCAAUUGUAUCCCUGCUGAAUGACUCACUCCCUCCAGGAGGAGGGGCAGGGAGGGACAGGACCCUCAGGAAUUCAGUGCCUUAAACAGAACGUGAGAGAAAGACAGAAGACAGACCCAUGUGGCUUCAGCUUGGGAAGAAGCAAGACGUGUGGCUUUGUGAGGGGCAGGCCAGGCCCCAGAGGCUCCGGGGGUCACCAGGGGGCUGGGGAGGGAAGGACUGGAGACCCACCGCCUGCCCCCCGGCCUUGGGCUCCGCGUGGACCAGCAGCCCUUGCUGGGGGAGCUCCUGGCCGGGGUGGGAGCGGAGAAGCCUGCUCCCACUGGCCCUGCUGGGAGAGUGAGCAGGCAGCAGCUCUGCACCCGCUUCCUGGCAGCAGCUCUACCCCCGGAGAUCAGAACAUUCAGCUGUGGAGAACAGUGGUUGCCUGGGGGCCUUGGCCACUCCUUGUCCCCUAGGUCUGGCCUCACAUCUUGCCACUGCUUGUGCUGGGACAUUGUUCUUUAUGGCUAAGGCGUCACCAUCCUGCCCCUCCCAGGGACACAGGCAAAGAGUGGCCCCAGGCUGGACAUGGAGCGAGCUGCCCCCGCGUGGCUGUUUGACCACCAAGCCAGAUUCUCUUGAAUAAAGUAUUUUAGUCUGGAAACAGCUUUCCAGGGGAGUGUGUCGGCCAGAGCAGCGGGCAAUAGCAGGACAUGGAAGCAGGACAGAAGUAAAAGGGACCGUGGGCUCCAGGGCUCCCCGGGGGUAGCUCGAGCCUGUUGCUGCAGCUCCCUGGGGCAUCUUCUCCCAGGUGCUUUAGGCACGACCCUGAGGCCCACUCCUCCCGUAAUGAGGGGUUCCCAGGAUGGAGGCUUGGCCCCAAACUUGGGAGGCCCUGACCCCAGCCACCCCGAUCACCCUCAAAUUCAAGAGCACAGUCCCCUUCCUCUCCCCGCCAGGGCCACCCUAUACCCAGCCCAGUGCCCGACCCUCUGGACCCUGAGUGAAUGGGGGCUCCCAGGUGCCACAGACUGUGGCCCUGGGGGACUGAACUGCACCACCUCCAACCCAUGCUGGCUGCUGAACGCAGGGAUUGGCAGAUGCUGCCUGAUCUCUUCCUCCUUUGACCUCCUGUCUUCCUCUGUCUUCCUCCUGAACACCUUGGCAUGAAAUGAGAAAAAAAUGUUUUUUCUUUUUUCAAUCCCAUACACUUACUCUCUGAUUCCCUUCUGCCUUUGACCCACAAGAUGUGUUUGUUUUCCUGUUGUGUUUUGGGAAGGGGAGCUCCCUGUUCUCUCUAAUUGCAGGCUGCUCAGACAAAGCCACAAGGCCCGGGGGCAGGGGCCCGCCCCGGGCUUUGGAAGGAAGCCAUGGACGCUCCAGUGAGGUAGGUGGAGUGGGGAGGCCCUGCUGAGGCCCUUGGUGGUCUGUUCACCGAGGCCUGGGCCCCCCUUGGAGGACAGUCUGGUCAGAAUGUGCUUCUGGCUGGUGAUCACAGAGUAGGGGUGGGCCAGCCCCAGGGGACACGCUUUGCAGAAGAAACGCACUUUCUCUCCAGCUUCUCCACUCUUGGGCUGUACGCAUUCCGAGCUGUUGCCUCUGAGGGACUGAGAACUGAGAAGAGCACCCCUCCCCCUUAGGCUCUGAUGUGGCCCCAGGGACACUACCGCAGCCCUUGCAGCAUCUCCAAGGCUCUCAGAUUCACAAGUCACCCACAUGGAGGUCUGCCUCCCCACCCAGACCAGCCACCUCUGUAGAGAACUAGACAGAGACCAGGGGAGCAUCCAGAGGCCAGAAGCAAAAGUCUGCAUCUGGGCCAGAGCCUCACAGCAGGAGUCAGUAGGAAAGGAGCUGACUGUCCACCUGACUACACUGGCUGUCCUUUCAAAUCAUUUAGGACCUAGAGGGCCCUUUUCCUUUGCUCUUUAUAUAUUUGUGGAGCCCCACCUGUGUACCUGACACUGUCCUAGGCACCAAGGACUCAGUGGGAAAUAAAACUCCCAGGACCUGC